ACGUCCGCAGCAUCUGAAAUCUGUAUAGCAGCACAGCCGUCGAAAUGAAGUGGUCACAUGUCUUGGUAUUUCUAUUUGGCAUUUUAGCUGUGACAACUUCACAACGGAGGGACUUCAAAACUACGCGUGAUUGCGAAAGACAAGAAAAUGUAACACUGAUGGAAGCCUACGAAGCUGUAUUUUUAAGGAAAACCGAGCCCGUAGAUUUCAAGGUCAAGUGCUUUUUGCACUGUUCCAUCGAAGAAUCGAUUAAUUUCAGAAAGGCUUUUAAUUUAGUACCGCCAAGUAAGGUCGAUCACUGCAUGUUGAUCAAGGAUGAGGAUAAGUGCGAGGAGGGCUUGAAAAAGUUUAAAUGCUAUUACGAUAAAUAGGUAUUUUCAACUUUGACUUAAAAAUAAAGUUGGAAUUUCCAAUGCCA